CGUGUGAAAGAAUAAUGCCCGCUCGCAUCCACCGUUGCAUCUCACCUUCGUACUGGACGGUCGCCCAAGGUCUGGGGACGCGAUCCUGCUGGCCAAACACACACACACCGGAGCCGUAUGGCUGCUGGGAAGCUGGCCUGUGCGGACUCUGCACAGACAUUUGAUCCACGCGAACGUGCCAGCGCUUGCGAUAUCGCUAGCUACCUCUCUGCGGCCUCCUUCCCCGUCGAGGGUGGAGGAGGACCGUCAGCUAACCCAGUCCCGAGCACCGACGUUGUGCUGAACGCGCUUGUUCAACAUGGCGCACAUGCGGUCGAGUGCGAUCGCGCGUUCCUCUCUUUUGUCGACGCCGGGUUUCAAUUCGUUUGCGCUGAAAUGACAAGGCAUCAGUCCAUUGUAGACGCAUGCCCGACACGUCCUCUUCUGCUCGGCACGACCCGGAUCGCCCUUGACUGGGGGGUCUGCUCGUAUGCAAUGUCCGCCUCUCACGGCAGCGAGGUCACAGUACCUGAGAGUCCGUACAUUGCGGCAACUGAGUCGUACUUUUGCGUCAGAGACUUCCGCAGGGUCCCUGCUUUUGCUGCCCUGCCUUUUGUAGCUGGCUACCCGCGAAUGGUUUCCUCCAUCGAGAUACCGCUGCGCUCGCACUCUGGACAUGUCCUGGGCAGUUAUUGUAUAGUCGACGACAAGGUGAGGGACUUUCUACACCCUGACGCUCUGCGUGCUGUGCGAGAGGCCGUCUCGGCGAUCACUCAAUACAUAGACCUGAAACGCGCCGAGCAAAGUCGAAUGCGCUCGCAAAGAGUCAUGGACGGACUUGGUCGGUUCAUUGCGUCACAUGAUCACAAGCAGGCAGACAGCACACAGACGACUAGUCCGUUCGCACUUGGCAUCUUCGAGAACGUCUCACGUCCAGGCUUCGAUUCACGUUCUAGUGGGAACACCGAUUCUUACGGGGACCGUGACUGCCUGACCAACGCCAACGCCGAGCCAGGACAUGUGCUGAUGAGUGAUUCAGGCCUUGCGCCUGGAACUACAGAGGUGACGACUGUGAGCCCUCAGCAAGAUGACGUUUCCAAGCAACGUGAGCCAGGGCUGUUGGCUCAAGUCGGCGAUCUUUUGCCCAAGGCCGCAAACAUGAUUGGCCGUGCUAUGAAUCUAGACGGCUUCGUGUUCUUCGACGCAGUAGACACAGGUGCGCGAUAUGGGGCGCAUGGCUCGUCUUACAGCCACACGGACGACGAGUUUGCGCAGCAUGCUCAUGAGAAACUCCAAUCUUCUGCACAGCCCCUGUCAGUGUACCGAAGAAACGGCACGACUGAGUCACCGAGUCUUGGUCGCUUCACUCAAUCCUUCAUACGACGCUUGACCGCCGCGUAUCCCCAUGGACAUCUCUUCAAGAAAGCCGAGCAUGUCGGUUCUGGACAGGGCCUCCAAGAAGCGAAAGAUUGCCCACGCUCAAGCGGCACAUCCGCCCCCCACCAAGGUCGGGACGAAGUGUUCGACUGUAUUCCAAAAGCUCGGCACGUGAUAUUUCUGCCUCUUUGGCACUACCAGAGGGAGUCGAGCUUCUUGAACGCCCUGGCCUGGGUAUCAGAUCCUAGCAGCACUCUAGAGGCGGACGACGUCAAUCUGCUCACAGUGUUCGGAAAUUCGUUAAUGGCCGAGAUCUUUCGUCUGGAAGCUGCGACAGUGACGCAGCAAAAAUCCGACUUUAUAUCCUCCGUCAGUCACGAGUUGCGGAGCCCAUUGCAUGGGAUACUAGCGACCGUGGAACUCAUGAAAGAGACCCUGCAGGACCCCUUCUUGCUCUCUUUAACCCAAAUGAUCGAGUCGUGCAGCUGCACUCUACUGGACACCUUCAGUCAUCUUCUCGAGUUCUCAAAAAUCAACAGCCUCAAGGGAGAACGAGAGUCCGCUGCUCGCGCCAAGUGUGAUGCUGAAAGCCCACCUAAAAGAACGCCGGCAAACGAUCUGAGUUCUCUCGUUGAAGACGUUCUGCAAGCAGUGUCGCUGGGCCACAACUCGGUCUCUCAAAUGGAACUGGGUUUGCAGAUGGAGUAUCAAGACCCGCUUGUCUGUCGAGUGCAAGUACCAGCCCAGCCGGUACUCAUCACCACGCACAUCGACCACAACUCGGACUGGAUCUCGAGCAUGGAUCCUGGAGCCUGGAAGAGGAUUCUGCUGAACAUCUUCUCCAAUGCACUCAGGUUCACUGCAUCAGGACACAUCGAUGUAACCCUACGGCUGUUGGACGAUCCCGAUGCUGGCCCGCGCUGCAUCAGCCUAUCUGUUGCUGAUAGCGGCGUAGGGAUGAGUCGAGAGUUUCUCAAGUACCAUCUCUUCACGCCGUUCAUGCAAGAGAACAACCUGAUCCCAGGGACCGGGUUAGGCCUCAAUAUCGUGAAGAAUAUCGUCGAGUCGCUUGAUGGCAGGAUGUUUGUCGAAAGCCGCCAGCACCAAGGCACCCGUGUCACUGUCAAUAUUCCACACGAGGCAGAGCCUGGUACCCUCGGCACACCAGACAUCAGAGCAAGCCUCGCUCCGUAUGGCAAGGCGGCGAACUUGACCUUCAGCCUCAUCAGCAUAGCGUCCCAGACCGCACCAGACAGCAAGCCCGGACCACAUCUCGUAGCUCCGCCUCGACUGCUCAAGCGAUGUCUUCGUAAUAUCUGCGGGAAUUAUUUCGGCAUGAUAUUCGUUGACGACGCGCCCUUGGACGCAUUGUUGGAGUCAGACUUGAUACUGCUCGACACCUAUGCACUAUCUUCAACGGAAAUGCUCCAUCUUCACGAGCACUUUCCUCGAAUCAUAUCAGCAAUGGCUUCGCGUCCCAUCAUUGUCCUAGGGCCUACUGCAGAAGGGGCUAGGGACUUCUUCGGACGGAAAGGAGCCACAUUCAUCAGCUCACCCAUCACGAGACGGAUCCUGUGGGAUGCUGUCGACACGGCGUUGGCCAAGGUCAUUCCCGUAGAAGCCAUCCCUCAUCCAACAGCAGGCAUCAAAGGCCAGGAUCCAUCACAACAAGUAGCUGCGAAUCCCCCCGGAGUGUCUUUGACAAGAGACAAAGUCAAACUGUUCCAAGGCAAAAGCAUAAACGUUCCGACGAGGGGUGCUCGGGCCGAAGCCGACCCCAGUGCCCAGGGAAACACGUUUCCAACACUCACACUGCACCGUUCGCCAUCGUCGCAGCCGCCUCACACUGCAGCGCCAGAGCCUCAGAACCAGCUUCCCAAGUAUCGUUACAGGCGCCUUCUGCUUGUCGACGACAACCCGAUCAACCUGAGGCUACUCGCCGCAUUUAUCCGCGGAACCGGCCUUCUUUUCUCCACUGCAUAUGACGGCGCGGAAGCAGUCCGCCUCUACCGCAAAGCCGCAGUCGAAGAAGCCGACCCAUUCGACUGCGUGCUCAUGGACAUAAGCAUGCCUGUCAUGGACGGCUUCCAGGCCGCAGCAGCAAUACGCCAGUUUGAAGCACAGCAGCGGGGACAGCGUCAGGAUCGUGUCGCAGCCACCCACGAAGCUCGAGACCCUGCUGGUCGGCAUGAGCAUCAGGGACCACGAGGCGUGCUUCGAUCCCAUAUCGUGGCUUUGACGGGGCUUGGCAGCGAGGCUGCCCGCAGUAUGGCUAGGGAGUCGGGGUUCAAUUUGUUUCUCGUUAAGCCGGUACAGUUCAAGGAUCUCGAGCCUUUGUUGAAGACACUUCCCGCCAACGGCAAGACGUGAUUCAUGCCGGGUGGAAGAGUUACAUUUCAGUUUCCUUUGAACUUCAUUCCGAGCAGACAGUGGGCUUACAGUCUUUUGCUAGG